GGGCGGGGCAGGCAGACGUGACAUCGCGAAAACACCGAGAACACCGAGACCAGAAUCCAGACUCAGUCCAGGACAACACGGUCCACCAGUCACAGCGGAGACCUGCAGGACGAUGGAGAACCAGAACCCGGACCACAGGAGCCAAACAGCAGCCUCGUGCUCUGAUAGCACCGAUGUUCAGAAACAGGGAGGAAGAGAGGGACUGGAAAGUCAGCACUGUGACAAACCCUGCACAACAUCUGGAUCUUUAAAGAAUCAUCACGCUGCAAAGCGACCGCACAGCUGUGAUCUGUGUGGAAAAGCUUUCCAACGCAAGACUCACCUAAAAAACCAUCAAAGCACACACACUGGGGAGAAACCGUAUACCUGUGAUCAAUGUGGGAAGGGUUUCGCGAGAGCCGGUACCUUAAAAAUGCAUCAACGCAUGCACACUGGAGAGAAGCCGUACAGCUGCGACCAAUGUGGGUCAGCUUUCUCACACAAAAGUCACUUCAAAGUCCACCAGAUGACUCACACUGGAGAGAAGCCGUACAGCUGUGACCAGUGUGACAAAGCUUUUACCACUACCUAUUAUCUAAAAAUCCAUGAACGCACUCACGCUGGGAAGAAACUGCACAGCUGUGAGCAAUGUGGAAUGUCUUUCAGUAGGCGAAAUGCGGUUAUUCGACACCAACGCAUUCAUACUGGAGAGAAACCGUAUUGUUGUGAUUUGUGUGGGGAAAGUUUCGCCCGUGGGAGUGUCCUUAAAAUGCACCGACGUGUUCACACUGGUGAGAAGCCGUACUGGUGUGAGGAGUGUGGGAAAACCUUUUCUCAAAUGUCUACUCUUUUGCUCCACCAGCGCGUUCAUACAGGAGAAAAACCGUACAGCUGUGACAUAUGUGGGAGAGCUUUCUCUAACUCAGGUUACUUAAAAAUCCACCGACGUGUUCACACUGGAGAAAAACCGUACUGGUGUGACCAAUGUGGGAAAACUUUUAUUUCAUCAGCUCUCUUGAAGUUGCACCAACGUGUUCACACAGAAACCUGCUCCAAAGCUCCGAGACCAGAAUCCAGACUCAGUCCAGGACAACACGGUCCACCAGUCACAGCGGAGACCUGCAGGACGAUGGAGAACCAGAACCCGGACCGCAGGAGCCAAACAGCAGCCUCGUGCUCUGAUAGCACCGAUGUUCAGAAACGGAGAGGAAGAGAGGGACUCAAACGUCACUGCUGUCACCACUGUGACAAAUCCUUCACAAGAGCUGGACGUUUAAAGAGUCAUCAGAGAGUUCACACUGGAGAGAAACCAUACAGCUGUGACCAGUGUGGGAAAACGUUCACUAGAUUAGAUUUUCUAAAAGCCCACCAACGUGUUCACACAGGAGAAAAACCGUACAGCUGUGGGCAGUGUGGGCAAGGUUUCACUCAAUCAAAUAACCUAAAAGCCCACCAACGUGUUCACACUGGAGAGAAACCGUACAGCUGUGGGCAGUGUGGGAAAGCUUUCACUACAUUAGGUCACCUAAAGUUGCACCAACGUGUUCACACUGGAAAGAAACCGUACCUCUGUGUACAGUGUGGGAAAGCUUUCACUACAUUAGGUCACCUAAAGUUGCACAUACGUAUUCACACUGGAGAGAAACCUUACAGCUGUGGGCAGUGUGGAAAAAGUUUCACUACAUCUAGUGACCUUAUGAAACACAUACGUGUUCACACCGGAGAGAAACCGUACUGGUGUGAACAAUGUGGGAAAACAUUCACUUUGGCAGGUGGAUUGAUAGGACACAGACGUAUUCACACCGGAGAGAAACCGUACUGGUGUGAACAAUGUGGGAAAACUUUCACUCAAUCAGGUCACCUAGAAAGACACACACGUGUUCACACUGGAGAGAAACCGUACUGGUGUGAAACAUGUGGGAAAACCUUUACUAAUUUUAGAAACCUUAAACGCCAUGAACGCGGUCACCUUGCUUAGUUAGUUUUGAGACAAGCGAGUUGUUUCCUCCAGCCUCCUCCUCAUGCUGUCUCUGUAAUUCAGUCUUCAAAGUCUGAUAAGACUGGGGGCCAAUCUGGAGAAGCAACGGUUCCAUUAGUCUGAGCUAGGGGUGGGAGAAAAAAUUGAUUCUUGGAUGUCAACAAAUGUCAAAACAUCUAUUAUUUAUGUUAAUAGUAACUGUAAUGUUGACGGAGCGCAAAAGGCGGAUCUUGCGGAAGCAGCCCCGGACCAUUUGUCCUUUUAAGCUAAUUAGGAGAUGUUUCUUUUGGAUUUUAAUGCGCAAAUUAAGUGCUUAGUAAUUAUCUGGAGAUCCUAUAUAGAAAAAACGUAUGCGUCAAGAUGCAUCGAUAAUCGUUUUAUAAUCUCAUCGCAGUGUCUGAAUCGUAAUCGAAUCGUGAGGUGCCCAAUCAGGCCCAUUCCAACCUGCACUCCAGGUUUCCUUUAAUUCAGUUUCAAAUGUAAAAUACUAUUUAUACUUUGACUGAACAUGUGAUGCUUCACUGUAAAUCCACUGUUUUUUCCAUCUUGCAUUAGUCCAGAGUUUUAACUAAACCUCGACUGAGCCACAGGCACAAAGUUAGGAAAGCAACCGAAACACAGACAGACCGUGAUGCGCUGCAGCUGCACAGUGACGUAACAUUAGUCUGCUGUUAUCUGCCGACAUCAGACUUUGAGAGGCAAGAACAAGCUGACAUGGCAUGAGCGAGUGGCGUGGCGUGAGUAGGGGCUAUAUAAGACAAUAACAUAAAUUAAUAGCACAGUAGAAACAGCUGGUAGGUAACCACAGGUCAGUGCAGCAAAUGUUGAACAUGUUAUCGGACAAAUAAGUAUAAGUAUUUUAUUGGUAAAUAAGUUAGUCAUUGUAGCUGAAUAAUCUUUAAAAAUAAGCAUUUUAUUGAUGUUUAUGUUUCUAUGAAUAUCCAUGCCCACAUUCUUUUAUUGUUCUGUAUUCUUGUAUUGUGAUAUUUUAUUCUGUUGUAUCCAUUUUAUAGGCAACAUUUGUAGACAUCCUUA